AUGUACAAGUAUUUGAGCCGGUUUUACUUCCAUAACCUCUUGCUUGUCACACUAUACCGAGAGAUCUGUAGUGAGCAAACCCUUCGUGAUCCCAGAAUCCUACGGCGUUCUUCUGUCCCUCCUGAAGGAGUAAGCCACUUCCCAAUUGGGUGCAAUCCUUUACUUGCUAAUGCAGAAGAACAGGUUGAGCUAACCACAAAUCAGGUAGACACAAAUGUAAAUGAUCACGGUCAGGUGCUUGACCUUAACCAAACACUGACAGCAACCGUUGCCUGGCAACCAGAAAAUACUGUCUGCUAUGACGAUCUGGGCUGUAUCACUCGUUUCUCGUUUGCUGACCCGUUGUUGUGGCCGAUUAAUUUAUUGCCAGAGGCAAGAGAAAAGAUAGAUACUCAUUUCACUCUUCAUACAAGAGAAAAUCCUAAUCCGCAGCCUCCAAUUCGAAUAUCCGCUGACGAUCCAACUGCAAUUUCUGCAACGACGUUUAAACCGACUCGCCCCACCAAGUUUUUUAUCCAUGGCUGGAGAGAUAGUGGCUACGAAGAGAACUACCAAGAAUUAUUACAAAGCCUAUUACAAAAGGGUGAUUUCAAUGUGAUUUGCGUUCACUGGGGCGGUGGUUCCUCUGCUUUUUAUUUCCAAGCACAUGCCAACACUCGUCUUGUUGGUCUGGAAAUUGCUCUACUUGUCAACACAACGGUGGAAAAACUCGGUGUCAAAAUAGCCGAUGUUCAUUUGAUUGGGCACAGCCUCGGUGCACACACUGCAGGGUACGCCGGAGAGCAGAUUCUUAAUCUAGGACAAAUCACAGGCCUGGAUCCUGCCGGACCAUAUUUCAGGAGAAUGCCGUCGUUUGCUCGUCUAGAUUACACCGACGCUCUAUUUGUUGAUGGCGUCCACACUGAUGCUGAUUUCCUAGGUAUUUACGAACCUGUGGGUCACUUGGAUUUCUAUCCCAACGGCGGAAAAAGUCAGCCCGGUUGCCUACCUUCUAAGUGGUCAGACUUCUGUGAUCCUUUUGCCGUUCUGUCAGACGUUACUGCUUGCGAUCACAUGCGAGCAGUUCACUACUACAGCUCAUCUCUAAAGGAUGUCUGUCAAACUAUUGGAUACGAAUGCGUUGAUUAUGAUUCCUACAAUUCCGGAAAGUGCACAUCCUGUGGAUCAGACAACACCAAGUGUGCCCCAUUUGGAUUGGAUGCUAUAAAAUAUCCAUCGCGCGCCCGGAUUAACGUCAAACUUUAUUCCAACACUGGCGAAGUUAAUCCGUAUUGCUCAUUCCAGUAUAUAAUUUCCGUUCAAUUGGCUAAACCUCGUGUUGCCAAGCCCACUGUUUACGGCUUACUCCGACUGUCUGUAAGAGGAGAAACGGAUUACCGCCCAAAUUUUUCACUGCCGAUCGCGGUUUUGGAGCACGGGAAGGAUCAUCGUUUCCUCUUGAAUUCCCCAUCUGAACUCGGUCCAAUCAAAAAAGUCUUUCUUCAUUGGCAAUACAUCCAUUCAGAUUUGCUAGAUCCCAGUUGCUUUCUAGGGAUCUGCAACAAAAAACUGUACGUCAACAGCAUCACUGUAUCCCCUUUCAACAGUUAUCCUGAAGCGAACAAAAUUCCUGCCACUUAUGUCAAUUGUCCACGUUAUCCUCCUGCAGCCAUCCCCACUUUUCAAAGCAUGGAAUUCAGUGUUGAAAACAGUUGCACUUCAACCUUUCAGCUCCUAAAUGUUAUCUGGAAUACUGCACCUUGGAUUUUGCUCUAAUGGUAGAAUUAUCAAGCUGAGUUAAUUUAAACCAUUAAAGGGAUUAAACAUUUUAAGUUCAGGUUGAAAACGGGUUACUUAAAUGCAGUGUGAAAAUAAAAAGAUUUCUUCGCUAAUAAUGCAAAAGAAAAGCUGUGGCUUUAAUCAGGAAUUAAAGUAAAUUCAUUCCCACC